AUGUUCACCUCCGCCCUCACCCUGCUCGGCCUCCUCACCACCGCAUCCGCUCACGGCUACCUAAAAUCCAUCUCCGUAAACGGCGGCGCCAACUACCUAGCCUGGCAAGUAGGCCAAGACGACUAUGUGACUCCUGAACCCGUCCGCUACGCUCGCCGCAUCAAGGACAAUGGACCGGUCCCUGACUUUACUUCGAAAGACAUAACUUGCAAUGUGGGUGGUAACCUUCCUGCCAAGGGGGUGGUACCUGUGAUGCCGGGUGACAAAGUCAAACUUCAAUGGGACCAAUGGGGAUCCUCCCACUCCGGGCCCGUAAUGAACUACCUCGCCUCCUGCGGCACAAACUGCUCGACCUUCAAAGGCGAUACAGGAACACCCUGGGUCAAAUUCGACCAAAUGGGUUACGACACCACCAAGUCUCCUCCUUGGGGCUCGGAUUUCUUGGCAAAGCAAGGCGCAAGCUGGACUGUUACGAUACCCGUUGGGUUGAAGUCAGGCGAGUAUCUGCUGAGACAUGAAAUUCUGGGAUUGCAUGUUGCGGGCACGAGGAUGGGGGCGCAGUUUUAUCCUGCCUGUGUCCAGAUCAGCGUAGGCGGAAGUGGAUCGAAGGCCUUGCCAGCAGGUGUUGGGCUACCUGGUGCGUAUGAUCCAGAUGAUAAGGAGGGUGUGCUUGUGCAGCUCUGGCAGGUCCAGGCGGGACAGAGAGGGUAUACACCGCCCGGUGGGCCUGUCAAGACGAUCUAG